AUGAUAUCCGAGUUCCGGAAGCAAAAACUCCUGCACCUUUUCAAUAUUUUCUUCGACAUCGAUUCGAGUGGGAGCAUCGAGAGGAACGACUUUGAGUUGGCAGCGAAGAACAUUGCAGAACUACGAGGCUGGGUUCCUAGCGACCAAAAAUAUAAGGAGACUUUGGACUCUUUGCUGCAGAUAUGGGAAGGUCUGCAGGGAGCUGCCGAUGCUGAUGAGGACGGCGCAGUGACUGCAGAAGAAUGGGUCUCGAUGUGGGAGUCGUUCGCUGACAACCCUGGCUCGGAGUUUGAUUGGCAGAAACAGUACUGCAAGUUCAUGUUCCAGUUGGAAGACGCUGGUGGGGAUGGUGCCAUAGACAGCGAGGAGUUCUCAUCGGUCUACGAGUCUUUCGGUUUGAUGAAGGAAGACGCGGAGGCGGCAUUCCAAGUGAUGUCACAAGGAAAGCCAUCGGUGAGCUGGGCGGAGUUCCAAGAGUUAUGGAACCAGUACUUUACCUCCGAUGAUCCCAAUGAACCAGGCAAUUUCAUAUUCGGCGCGGCCACUUUU